GCCUUCUGUCAUUUCAUCAGACAAUAGAAUUGCAAAAUGCGGUGCCGUUGCACCAUAACUGCGCGGCCGAAAACGUUUUGUUUUAUCUGCCCCGUCACGGGGUACCACGCCAAAGUCGUGUUUUAGGGAGAGAGUUCACCACCAGUGUGGUGAGUGAUCCGCGGGUGUAUCGAACAUGAAAGAACGCUGGGGCAGGCCACGCACCGUUUGCUUCCCUUGCAGCCUAAAUGAUAACUGCGGGACAUGUCUAGAUGGCCGGACUGCGAAAAAGGGUGUUAGGACCUCGGAGCGAUCAGUGUAGCGUGACUUGGUAUGACCAGCACGGGCUCAGUCUCGAGCCUCAUCUUCAUCUGCAGCCUGUCCUUUGGGAGCGUUUUUGGUGGGAAGCACUGCGCGCGGUAUCACUUGCAGUCGUUAUUGUCAUAUUCCGGUGAACAUGGAAAGAAGGCCGCUAGAGUGAUGUUGGCGUUCAGAAUGAGCACCGGAGACUCGACUUGUGCAAUUGCAGUGGGGAUUUCGAGUGGCUGGCCAGGCUAUCUGUCGCUGGCAGGGUGACUUG